AACUAUAGCCCGUGCGAGUGUUUAGUAUUAAUACGAACAAAAGUAUAUGGUGUAAAUCGGAAAAAAUAAAUGAAGUUUUCCAUACGAAUAUUUGUUUAAGACUUGCGUGCGUGUGUGCCUGCCGACGACUGACUCCCUCCUUCCCUUCCUCAAUUUCUGUCUGUCUGUCUGUCGUCCAAUUAAUGGCGGUCGUACCCCGCAUCUUCAAACCCCAAUUCUCGUCAUCAUCAUUUGUAACAACAAUCAGAUCACUUUCUACAAACAACAACGCCGGCUCUGUUUCCAAGAUACACUCUCCACACCUGGCAGUGACAAAAGACGAUGAUCCUAAUAAUAGGAAUUUCCAGUGGGUGUUUCUUGGCUGUCCCGGCGUUGGAAAGGGAACCUACGCUUCCCGCCUUUCUAAGCUUCUUGGUAUCCCUCACAUCGCCACCGGUGAUCUCCUUCGUCAUCACUUGUCUUCUUCUGGACCUCUUACCCCUCAGGUCGAUGAAGUAGUAAAUCAAGGGAAGUUGGUUUCAGAUGAAAUCAUAUUCAAUUUGCUGUCAAAGAGACUCGAAGAAGGAGAAUCAAGAGGUGAAUCAGGAUUCAUCCUUGAUGGUUUUCCACGAACCAUAAGACAAGCUGAAAUUCUUGAUGAGGUGACGGAAAUCGAUUUGGUGGUGAAUCUUAAGUUAAGGGAAGAUGUAUUGAUUGAGAAAUGUUUGGGAAGAAGGAUAUGUAGUGAAUGUGGUAAAGGUUUCAAUGUGGCCUCUAUUCAUGUAAAUGCUGAGAAUGGGCUUCCUGAAAUGAAAAUGCCUCCACUUCUUCCACCUCCGCACUGCGAAUCAAAGCUCACUACUCGCGCAGACGACACCAAACCUGUUAUCUUAGAGAGACUUCGUGUCUAUAAGGAAAUGAGUCAACCUGUAGAAGAUUAUUACAGAAAGCAAGGGAAGUUAAUGGAGUUUGAUCUCCCUGGAGGAAUCCCAGAAACAUGGCCAAAGUUGCUGGAAGCCCUCAGGCUUAACGAAUACGAUCAUAAAAAUUUAGCAGUGGCAUAGUCUGACCUUAUCUUCUGUCUAUAAACCAUUAUCGUUAUUUGCAAAGUUUCGGAUUCUUGCUAUUCUUCAUAAAUAAGACAUGACAAGGAACCAUCAGGCUGUCUCAAAGAUUCGAUGAUAGCUGCUGCCUUGUUGGAGUACAAGAUUCAAUUUAUGCUGUAGAGAUUACUAGAAAUUAUAGAUCAGAGAUAUUUGUGGAAUGUAUCAAUUAAACAGUCUAUAAAUAUAGAAAGAUAACUUCAUGUAUUAA